CUGUCUCCUCUGGAGUGCUUAGAUUGGAAACCAAACCCUGGAUUUUAAUAUUUUGGAUCUACAUUUACAUCCUCGGGUCCAAUUUGAAGACAUUUCACAUUAAAACAGGAAUAAAACUCACAUUAUCUGAAAGAUGUUUCCCUGGUCAGUAGUGUUUUCCCUCGAGCCGAAGGUUCCCGGCCAGCGCACUUCAGAGGAGCUGGUGUCCAACACUUUGAUGCUGGAGCUGGGUGCCAUGGUGAAAAGGACCGAGCGAAUCCAGCUAGAGAAGGCAGCAGAGACUCGCAGACGCUGCAACUCUUCCUCUGCAGACUACAGCUGGCUGGCCGGCCCUCAGCCACACGUCCCCUACGAGCUCACACCAGGAGACGUGCUGGAUCUGCAGGACCUCUGCGCACAGAUCCCACCUCAACUGUGCGGCCCGCUCAUCGUCAGGUUCAGGAAGCUAGUGUCAGAGUUUGAGCCGGAGGUGCCCGACGUCCCCAAACUGUUCCAGGGCGUCCUAAGAAACUGCCUGGAUGAGCUUCAGGGAGACACAGAGCUUCAGAAUCGGGUGAACCGUUGGGAAAAACAGCGCAGCAAGAGCCUCUCCUUCGUCACGUUUCGAUCCAAGUUCCCCACCCUGAACCGCGGGAAGGGAAGCUUCGGUGGUUCCCGCAACAACCUGCAAGAGGAAAACACAUGGUCUGAUGAAGACGAGGAAGCAGUCGAACAGGUGACAACCGCCAUGCGUACCAGGAAGGGACGGAGCCUCAGCAUGCCAGAGAUCACUCCUCUUCAGCAGGCGGCCCAGAGCUGACAAGAUGAAGAGAAAAACAGAGGAAAGAAGGAUUCGAAAAGCUUGAAGGAAAUGUAGCCUUCAAGAAGUUGGCAAUGGAGGAGGAAGAAAAGAAGUGGUGGCAAAGAGCAAGAGAAGGGAAGAAAAUCAGAUUCU